AUGUCUGUAAUGUGCCAAUUAAAAAAUUUUGAAAAAUUGUACCACGUAUAUUUUGAUGAGGUGUCUAUCUCGAUAAAGGAUAUUAAGAUAGAAGUGAUCCGUCAAAUGCGUGUUAGUGAGGAUCGGGAGUGGGAGAUCAUCGCGAUGGAUCUGAAGACCAAAAAGGAAUACAAGGAUGAGGACACUGUGCGCCGUGACACCACGAUCCUUCUCCAACGCCGAAUCAUUCCAGAGAGCCAGCUACAGGAGAGGAAGAGGAAGCUGGAGUGGAAGCGCCGCGAAACUGAACUCCAGAAACAGUUACAGGAGUUGAAGUCAGCUGCCCUCGACCGUAAGCAAAUAGACCUUACGAAGAUGGAAGGAACGGAAGAGGAAAAAAUCAAAAAGAUGAUGGAGAUGUCAACGGUGGAUUAUGCACCGUCAAAGUGGUUGAAGGUGCCAUUCAAAAAAACUGGACCGGUGCCUACCUCUUACGUCUGCCGCCGUUGCCAUAAGCCUGGUCAUUGGGUGUACCAAUGUACUUUCACCGUCAACGGGAAGCCGGCUUCGAUAAAAAAGGCUAGAGGAAUCCCGAAGACGAUGAUGGCAGAAGUCGAGGGCCCCGAAGAACAUCCGUCAUCAUCACCACCAUCAGCAACGUCUUCGUCAUCGUCAGUUCCAGCCUCAUCGUCACCAUCACCAUCACCAUUACCAUUAACAUCGUCAUCAUCAGAUCCACCAUCAUUAUCGUCUUUACCGAAACCAUCAUCGAAGUCACGAGCACCAUCAUCAUCUGCGCCUCCGCCAUCGUUGCCACUAGAAGAAUCAUCUUCUUUAUCAGCGUCGUCACCAGCGCUAUUAUCAUCAUCAUCAUCAUCGCAGGGUACUACCGGGUUUUCACCAAAUAGCUAUACUCCGAACACCUCCGACAAUGCUUGGUACUGUUCAUCUUCGGAUUAUCAAGGCUCGGGGUAUCAGAACAGUUAUUAUGGGUACCCUGUGUAUCAGCCAUAUCUUGGAGGGGAACCAUCUUACCAGGAGGUAGAUGGUUAUCCAGGAUACAACAGUUACAACGACUACAGCUACCAACAACAAACGCAGGUAAUUGACGAUCCUCUUGAUGAAUUUGAGAGGUAUCUUCAAAAGAAGGAUGCUGAGAAGAGGAACCAGAGACAUAGGACUAAAAGCUCCAGGUCCUUUGAGGGACGCAGAAAAUCACCCUCUCCUUCGAGGAAACGAAGAAAAUAUUGUUAA